CCAUUUUGGUCUCUCGCUCAGCCUGUCCGCUGUGUCCAGUACCCGUUUUGCCUUCUUCUCUACCCAUUUGCCCAUGCUAGCAGCAAACGGGCAAGGCUAGUGGCGGCAAAUGGAAAUACCUUCCGGAUCGUGGCGGGCCCCCCGGUCGUCGACUGUCAACUCCGAGAGCCCUGCCACUGCCACUUCCGUCUUGUUUCCAACGCCUCUUUUUCCAAGGCCCCGAUCAUCAUCUUCAGCAGCAGCAGCAUGGAAGCCUUUACGAAGAAUCCUUCCGUCCUCGCAGGCCCUGCCACUCUCCUCCACUUGGCGUUUGGCUGAGCGAGUGCCGGUGGUGAUAGCCACAUAUCCAUCUCAGCCGCUCGCCAUCUGCUCCAGCCCGCGCCUGAGACGCUAGCAAUACCUCUCGGAACCGCUCCCGGCGGGACAAACUCAACGGAUGGACAAAGGCACAGAACGCUAGAUGAGAAAGCCCAUCAUAGGCGCAAAUGAGGGAUGACGAGGAGCCGUCCACGCAACCGGGCGCCGUCGGUGCUGUUUCCCUUCUCGAGGAGUCCGUAUCCAUCCUCCCAUCCUCCCAUCCUGCCAUCCCAUCCCGUUCUAUCCCCAUCCCCAUCCCAUCCCCAAUCGUCACACGCCCUCUGCUGCCCGUUCCCAUUCCCACGCCCUCCCACGCUCGAGCCGCGCCCCCCUCCUCCUCCAUCCCGGUCUUAUCCCCACUGGCAUGCACGCCCUCUUGCUAGCCUCGACCAUCUCAGCGUACGCAACGGACCUGGGCGGCUAUCUUCAUGCACGACAGUUCAAAGUACCUUGGGCCUGGUCUUUGCUUGCCCAUCCUGCACCCGUGGCACUGCAAGCCAAUCCGCCCCCAGGGGCCUGGGGCUCAUGUUCUUCCUCCUCCCCGUCCCCCCCGGUCAUCUCUUGGCUUCCCCCCUGGUCGAGUUCCAGACCAGGGGCCCCCUCUGUUCCUCGAUCCCUGUGGACUUGCUAAUAUCCUUACUGUCAAGAAGGUUCAGGUACUUCCUUCGGCCGCGCUCGCUGUUGUCGACUUCCCUGCGACCUGCGACCUGCGACCUGUUUGCUCGGUUGAUCUCCACUACUACUUCUUACCUCCAACUACCAUUUAUACAAAGAGGCCGGCCGUCUGCGUCCGUCUGCGUCCCCCACAAGGCUCUCUCCUCAACUCGUCUUCUCCCUUGGCCUCGAACAACGGACGCACUUGGUCUUCAAACUCGGUCGCGGCCAGGAAAGGCAGAUUACUCCUUGAUCUCCCCAUCUUCUAUCUGCCUCGCCGAACUUUGCUUCCAUCUUUGAGCACUUCAUUCUGGUCCAUAAAUGCGCCAGUCUGAGACAGAAUCUCCCACCCGCCGCCACGACAUCUACGACUGUCAAACACUUCCUGUCAAAGCAUUCUGUUCCACCACCCCACUCCCUCCACGACAUACUUGGACGUUAAUAGUCCGCGAUCCCGUCCCAGAGUUUACAUGACAAUGGUCGAGGAGCAGUACCUUGCCCAAGGUCUAACCCAUACGGACGAUCUUUCGGGAGCCAACAACCUGUCCGACGGAGGACCAACAGCCUCCGGAGCACCCCCAGCUUCUGCCUAUCCCGAUUUGACCCCCUACGCAGCAGUAA